AUAUCAAUCGCAGCAGCGCUCCCUGAACUGGCAGAGCAGCAGAGGCAGGCUGACAGCAGACUGAAGGUCAAUAACACUUAUUCAUCCUGCGAGCUGAGACUCAAAGAAGCACACGAUGGCCGGUGAUCAUCGUUUUGUAGUCAGUGUUCGCAUCAUCGGAGCCGUCCACAGGGACACCCCAAAACUCAAGAUGUUCAUGAUAUCUGUGUUAUGGUCUGAUGAGACUGAAGUGAUCAUCUACCGGUCCUUCCAGGAUUUCAAGAAAUUUCAUAGGCAGCUGAAAAAGAGGUUCCCUCACAUGAACCCCUUCCGGAAAAACAGCAGAGUGAUCCCCAAAUUUAGAGGAAAGGCAAGAAGGAGCAGCCUCCAGCAGAAGGGAUCCAAACGAUCUGUCCGGCGCAUGAAGUUUCUGGAGAGCUACUGUGAUGAGCUGCUCAAGUGCGAGCAAAAUGUGACUCAGAGUUCAGAGGUGACGCAGUUCUUCAUGCCCAAAGACCAGGACCUGCAGCCAGACUUCACCAAGAACAGUGUCAUGAUCCUGCUGUCCGAUGACAUGCCUGAUGGUGGAGGAGGGGAUGGUACUCACCAGCACUCAGGCAGCGUCACCCACCCAUUUGUCACCCAGACUUACCGCUGCGUGGCCACUUACGAGACAAAGGACACCAAGAACCUUCCGUUUAAGGUCGCUGUGGACGAGAAGCUGGAUGUCCUAAUCAAAGACCCAGCAGGUUGGUGGCUGGUUGAGAAUGAGGAAAAGCGUCUGGCUUGGUUUCCUGCUCCUUAUUUGGAAUUGUGGGAUGAAGAGGAUGAUGAUGAUGCUGGAUUCCAGCUGGGAGGUGCCCUGUAUUGUGCCGUGAGGAGUUACUCAACCAAGAAGGAUGAUGAGGUGUCUGUGUCCAUCGGCUCUGUGGUGGAGGUGCUGCGAAAGUCUGACAAUGGCUGGUGGCUCAUCAGAUUCAAUGGCAAGGCAGGUUACAUCCCCUCCAUGUACCUGCAGCCGUACAACAAUCCCCGAGCAGGCCUUUUCAGCCUGCAGAGAAAGCUACACAGCUCCACUCUGAACCUGGCAACCACCAGGGAACCUCAGGCUUCCCAUCCACCAAGAAUCACGGAGGAAACCGACCCAGCAAGGGACUCCGCAGGUCCAUCCAGAGGUGGGCCCAGCGUGCCCGGGCGUCUCCAGAAGGCCCGAUCCCUGGACGUCCUCUCUGAUCCCUGGUCGCAGACGCAGACAGAGAGGGACACCUCGAUCUCAGAUGGCCGCAUGCGCAGCAUGACCAGCGCCAGCAUCGAGUCGAGCCUCUCCGGCUUCUCCUCAAGCAGCGAAUCCAGUGAGUCAUCCUCAAGUUUAAAGGGGGAGGAACGGCGCCAGACGCCUAACGUCAGCGACAGUGAGCGCAACAGCCCUGAUCGCAGCCUCUCAGACCGCCGCAGCUCCAACACUAGCUCAGAGAGCUCCGGGUCGGUCAGGUCUGAAGGCAGUGAUGGGGCUCCCAGGGUGCCACCCAGACCCAAGACAGAGGAGAUCCUGAACCGCUGCACCACCAUGACCCGCAAGGCAGCACUCGCCACCAAGACCCGGCUUCAGAUUCAGCCAGAGCCCAUGCAUAGCCGCUAAGGCUGACACUUUACAGUACAAACACUGGACUAAGUUAUAAUCUUAAUUAUAGUCUCCUGCUUAUUGAAGUCUUUUUGAUUUCUUACGUAGUCAUGCAAAAUAUUUAACCUCUACAACCCAGCUGUCAGUCAAAUGUGUUUUGCUCAGCACUUUUAAAUUCUUGUGAUACCAAAGAUUGAAGAGGUGUCAACCUUGACAAGACAAAUGUAUACGGUCUUCCACUGAAUGAUGAAAUGGAGCAUCUUGGGCUGGUGAUUAUUUAACUAUUGUAGCUUCAAUGAAGCAUUAAGGAGCAAGUUUUAAAAAAUGUACAUGACAUUGUCAUAUAGUGGUAGAAAAAUAUUUUUUCUAGCUUUGUCGCCACUUAAGGGGAAAUUUAAGUGGCUUGCUGGAGUUGAAGAGGUUAAAUGUUUACACUAAACUGUGUUUAUGUUUCCCUCUUUAUUGCAUCUUAUAUGUAGAAAUCAGUGCAUGGCUACAAUGUGAACUGCUCAAUUAAGAAGAGAUUAUAUUGUUAGCAUAGCAGAUGAGCCUUGUAAACAGCAGCAAAGAACAUGAGUGAGAACAGAGUUUAUGUGACAGGUGAAGGCCUUUUUGAUCAACUGCCAGACCUGAUGGGUGUGGUGAACAAGCUCAUUGUUUGAAUACAAAUGUUGUUUGUGUAUAGUAUGUACUGCAUUAUAACCUGUAAGAGUUCAUGAUGCUGCCUCAUAAUGUGUAAGUUUAACAUAAACAGGUCAAUAAAAUCAAAUUUGCACUCAAAUAAUAAAA